CUCUUUCUUUGCUGGCUUCAUUGUUGCUGUGUUUUUGUGCUAUUCAUCCACUUGGGAGCUCUUCCAUUUGCUGCCAUUCAUUUGGAUCCUGACAUUAUCCUGUUUAUUUACACUCAGAAAAGUGCAGUGGAACCCAAAAUCCGAAGGCACCCAUGAUGUCUUUACCGUUCUACCAAAGACACCACGAGCACUAUGACCGUGCGUACCGCCACAAAGCGCUGUCGUCCACUGUGAGCCAGUACCAAAAGGAGACAAAGAGCAAAUCUGCUGUGUAUGCUCAAGGAUCCGCAGCUUACGCCAGGGGCUCCGCGGCCUAUCGCCACUCAUCUGCAGCUGGCUUCAGCCUUGACUCCUCAGCAGCCUACAGCCAUGGCUCUUUGGCCUACGACCUCGAGUCGGCAGCCUACAGCCACGGGUCCACAGCCUACGACAGCUCUGCCGCGCAAAGCAAGAGGUCUGCUGCCUACAGCCUUGACUCGGAGUCCCUCAGCACCAGCUCAGCUGCCUACAGCCAUGCAUCUGAGUCCAUCAACAAGCUGGCUGCAGCCUACAGGCUGGGAUCUGAAGCCUACAGCUUUGGACUGAAAAAUUCCAACUCAAUGAUAGAAGAUCAAUCCUAUAAGAUGAGUCCCAAAGCAAAGAGGGCAAAACAGAGUUUGAUAUCAGAGAACAAAGAGAACGAAGCCUUAGACUACUCAGUGCCCAUAUUCACAGGAAGACAAGUGAAUAUCAGUGGUAUUACAGACACUGAAGAAGAGAGAAUUAAAGAAAGUGCUGCAUAUGUUGCCAAGAGGAACCUUUUUGCCACAGGGGAAGGAGUUAGUGUCAGCAAGGUGGCCAAGACAACUUCUGAAGAGGAACAUCAUGAAAAAAAGUCAAGGAAAGUGGCGAUCCGGGAGUCUGCUGAACGUGUGGCCAUGAAGAAAACGCUAGAAGAGACUCAGGCAUUCCAUAGAAAGUUGAAUCAAGAUAAACUCUUACAUGCUCCUGAGUUUAUCAUUGAGCCCCGUUCCCACACCAUCUGGGAAAAGGAAAAUGUGAGAUUUAAUUGUUCUGUGGCUGGCUGGCCAGAACCUCGUGUUACAUGGUACAAGAAUAAUGUGCCCAUUGAUGUACAGGCUCACCCUGGCAAGUAUAUCAUUCAAAGUCGGUAUGGGCUGCACUCCCUGGAGAUUACAGAAUGUGAAUUUGAUGACACUGCCCAAUAUCAUGCCUCUGCUAUGAAUGUUAAAGGAGAAGUUUCAGUUUAUGCUUCCCUCGUGGUAAAGAGGUACAAAGGAGAAAUUGAUGCAAGUCUUUUGCAUGGUAGAAAUCUUUCCCUCUCUCCAUUUGCUGUUACCCCUCAUGGCUAUGCUUCCAGGUUUGAAAUCAGCUUUGUCGACAAGUUUGAUGUAGCCUUUGGGAGAGAAGGCGAAACAAUGAGUCUGGGCUGCACAGUUGUCAUCAAUCCUGAUAUCAAGCGCUUCAAACCAGACAUUGAGUGGUACAGAAAUGGUGUUCUUAUUACACCAUCCAAAUGGGUCCAGAUGCAGUGGAGUGGGGAGCGAGCUUCUCUGACGCUGACUCAUGCAAACAAGGAAGAUGAGGGUCUGUACACGCUCCGAGUGGCGAUGGGAGAGUACUAUGAAGAGUACAGUGGUUAUGUCUUUGUUCGAGAUGCUGAUGCUGAAAUCCCUGGAGCCCCUGGUGCACCACUAGAUGUGCAGUGCCUAGAUGCCAACAAAGAUUAUGUCAUUGUCUCCUGGAAGCAACCUGCUGUCGAUGGAGGAAACCCCAUCCUUGGAUAUUUCAUUGACAGGUGUGAGGUUGGCACCUCCCACUGGACCCAGUGCAAUGAGAAUCCCGUGAAGUUUGCUCGUUUUCCUGUCACUGGUCUGAUCGAAGGCCGUUCCUAUAUUUUCCGAGUCCGAGCUGUGAACAAGGCUGGAGUCAGCCUGCCGUCCCGGGUGUCAGAGCCUGUGGCUGCUCUGGAUCCUGCUGACAGAGCCAGGCUUAGAAGUCAUCCCUCUGCUCCUUGGACAGGACAGAUUAUUGUGACUGAGGAAGAACCUGCAGAGGGUGUUGUUCCUGGUCCCCCCACAGACCUCCAAGUUAUUGAGGCCACCAAGAACUAUGUGGUGCUUAGCUGGAAACCUCCUGGACAGCGGGGCCAUGAGGGUAUCAUGUACUUUGUGGAAAAGUGUGUUGCUGGCACAGAGGACUGGCAGAGGGUGAACACUGAGAUCCCUGUGAAGUCCCCUCGCUUUGCAGUUUUUGAUUUGUCUGAAGGCAAAUCCUACUGCUUCCGAGUUCGCUGCUGCAAUUCAGCUGGGAUUGGUGAACCCUCAGAAGCAACUGAAGCCACUGUAGUGGAUGACAAACUCGAUAUUCCCAAAGCUCCUGGCCGAAUUAUGCCAACUAGGAAUACAGAUACUUCAGUUGUUGUCACUUGGACAGAGCCUCCAGAUGCCAAGGAGCUGGUUGGGUACUACAUUGAGUCAAGUGUGGAAGGAUCUGGUCGUUGGGAACCAUGUAACAACAAUCCAGUGAAAGGCACAAGAUUCAUUUGCCAUGGGCUCAGCACUGGUGAGAAGUACAUUUUCAGAGUCAGAGCUGUUAAUGCAGCAGGACUCAGUGAAUUUUCACAGGAAUCAGAGCCUAUAGAGGUGAAAGCAGCCAUUGCUGCUCCAUCCCCACCCUACGACAUCGUGGUGCUCGAGAGCGUCCGUGACUCGAUGGUGCUGGGAUGGAAACAACCCGAAGCCAUUGGUGGAACUGAGAUCACCGGCUACUACCUGAACUAUAGGGAAGUGGUGGAUGGAGUUCCUGGGAAAUGGAAGGAGGCCAACAUUAAGGCUGUUGCUGACAGGGCAUACAGGAUCGAAAACCUGAAGGAAAACAUGGUGUACCAGUUCCAGGUGGCUGCUGCUAACCUGGCGGGGGUUGGGGCACCCUCCAAACCAAGCAAGUCCUUCAAGUGUGAAGAGUGGACCAUUGCUGUGCCUGGGCCACCCCAUGAUGUCAAAUGCACAGAAGUUAGGAAAGACUCUCUGGUGUUACUGUGGAAGGAACCAGUUUAUUCUGGUCGUACUCCCGUAGUUGGUUAUUAUGUUGAUAUGAAGGAAACUGACGCAAAGGAGGAACGCUGGAGAAGUGUCAAUGAGAAGCCCCUUCAAAAGAAAUACUUGAAGAUUGGUGGCCUGACACAAGGUGUGAGCUACGUGUUCCGUGUGCGGGCAGCAAACCAGGCUGGCGUUGGGAAGCCAUCAGAUGUCACAGAUGCUGUCAUAGCAGAAACACGACCAGGAACCAAGGAAGUGGUGGUGGAUGUAGAUGACAAUGGAGUCAUUUCCUUGAACUUUGAAUGUGAUCAGAUGUCUCCAGACUCUAAGUUCAUUUGGUCCAAGAAUUAUGAACCAAUUGAGGAUGAUCCUCGACUGAACAUCGAUACCAAAGGCGGAAAGUCUAAACUUUCCUUUAAGAAUCUUGGAGAAGAUGAUUUGGGAAUUUACUCUUGCAUUGUCACAGACACUGAUGGAGUUUCAUCAAGCUACACAAUUGAUGAGGAAGAAAUGAAACGCCUGCUUGCUCUGAGCCAUGAACGGCAGUUCCCAACUGUCCCACUUAUCUCUGAGUUGGCAGUGGAAAUCUUGGAAAAAGGAGAAGUGAGAUUCUGGCUGCAAGCUGAAAAACUGUCUGGCAAUGCAAAGGCCAAUUUUGUGUUUAAUGAUAAGGAGAUUUUCAAUGGAGAGAAAUACAAAAUGAAGGUGGACAAGAAUACUGGCCUUGUUGAAAUGAUUAUGGACAAGCUUGAGGAGAAGGAUGAAGGCACUUACACGUUCCAGCUGCAGGAUGGAAAAGCAACCAAUCAAUCUAGUCUGGUCCUCAUUGGUGAUGUAUUCAAGAAGCUACAGGAUGAAGCAGAUUUCCAGAGAAAAGAGUGGCACAGGAAACAAGGUCCUCAUUUCGUGGAUAAACUGGGAUGGGAAGUUACUGAUGAGUGUAAUGUGAUGUUGAAAUGUAAGGUGGCUAAUAUUAAGAAGGAAACACACAUUGUGUGGUACAAAGAUGACAGGGAGAUAAUGGUAGAUGAAGAACAUGACUUCAAGGAUGGUGUGUGUACUCUGCUGAUAUCAGAGUUUUCUAAGAAAGAUGCUGGCACAUAUGAAGUCAUUCUGAAGGACGACAGAGGAAAGGACUCCAGUGAGCUGACGCUCAAGGACACAGCUUUUGCAGAUCUGAUGAAUGAAGUAUGCAGAAGGAUUGCUUUAUCUGCAACAGACCUGAAAAUCCAGAGCACAGCUGAGGGUAUCCGACUGUACUCCUAUGUUACUUAUUAUGUAGAAGAUUUGAGAGUAGGCUGGGUGCACAAUGAUACCCAGAUUAAGUUCACGGACCGGAUGAGGACUGGUGUCACCGGGGAGCAGAUCUGGUUGCAGAUCAAUGAGCCGACUCCCCAGGACAAAGGCAGAUACAUAAUGGAACUCUUUGAUGGCAACACAACGCACAAAAAGACAGUGGAUCUUUCUGGACAAGCCUUCGAUGAAGCCUUUGCUGAGUUCCAGAGAUUAAAGCAAGCUGCGAUUGCAGAGAAAAAUCGUGCACGGGUACUUGGAGGUUUGCCCGAUGUUGUCACCAUCCAGGAGGGCAAGGCACUCAAUCUUUCUUGCACUGUCUGGGGAGACCCCACCCCAGAGGUCUCAUGGCUGAAGAAUGAAAAGUCAUUUGUAUCAGAUGCCAAUUGCAUCCUGAGGUUUGAAUCUGGAAAAAAUGUCAGCUUUUCCAUUUCUACUGUGUCCACACAAGACUCUGGGAAAUACAGCAUUGUGGUGAAGAACAAGUACGGCACAGAGACGAGCGACGUCACUGUAAGUGUGUACAUCCCUGAGGAGGAGAGAGAGUCUGAGCAAGAGAAAAAGCAGUAGGACAAAAUGAAAGCGUGAAUUUAAGUCUAGAAGAGAGAAGUACAGAGGAGAUUUUGGAUGUUAGGCUGAUAUAAUCCAUGUGUGUAAAUGGCUUUCUGCUUUAGCAGGCAGCCUUGGAUUUUUCCAUUCACUUCACAUUUGCUUCUAAUACACUUACUUAUGCCAGGGAAAUCAGGGCCUUUCCUGAAUGUUUUCUUAAUGCUAACUUCACAGAAACUAAUUGUAGCAUUUUAAGCAAGGCCAAGUGCAUGCUGUCUGUAAACACAUGCUCGCCAUUUCAUCCUUUUCCUGGAGCAUCUGGAAGGAAAGGGUCAAGAAUUGUUUCAGUGGAAGCAACUAAUGAGGUAGAUGGAAAGAUCAAAAAGAUCGGAGCGAACUUGAGCAGCAGAGUUAGGAUUUGUUCCAGCUUUGGUAAAGCAGCAUAAAUGGAACGUGUUAGAUCACAGAGAAAUGAGUGCUGGCUUUUGUCUGUGUUAAGGCCCCUUUGUAUUGCUGUGUUAAUUUAGUGAGGCCUUAAUAUGGGUGUCAUUUACAGCCCUAAAUAUUGUUUAAUCUGCCCAAACAGGGUAACAGUACUGUAACAUAAAUGAAAAUAAGGCUUAGGAGGCCAGGAUAAUAAUACGUGUGUGUGUGUCUGUAAAAGUGUAUGAACUCUGCUCUAUGUUCACAAAUAAACUGAUUUCACUUCUUUCCUUCAAUCACAAGCUUGUUUCACUGUGUCUUGUUUUAUUAGCCACAGCUCAUGUAGUUGUGCACAGUAUGAUAGUGUCUUA